CCCAACCCCGACCUCAAUUAGAAACAGAGAAAUCCAGAUACACAACAUGGCCCCAAAACGCACCGCCGCACCAGCAGCAACAACAGGCCCCAUCCCCGCGCCCUCACCACCCACCAUGCCCUCCGCAUCAUCAUCAUCCGCACCCGCAGCAUCCUCCUCCUCUCUUCUUUCCUCCGGUCCCAAAACCCUCACCCAGAACUCCUCUAUCUACGAUAUCGCCCACACGGUCUGGCAGCAGUAUCUGGCUACUACGCCGCAGCGCACAAUGCUGCUUGAUGCGUUCAUGGGAUUCUUGGUGCUGGUUGGUGGUGUGCAGUUUGUUUAUUGUGUUGUUGGGGGGAAUUAUCCGUUCAAUGCCUUCCUGAGUGGUUUCUGUGCCGCUGUAGGACAGUUUGUUCUUACGGCGAGUUUGAGGAUGCAGACUAGUGCUGCUACUUCGUCUUCUUCUUCGACUGGGGGUGCUGGUGGUGCGAAAGGGAAGGGAGGGAAGAAGGUUGUCAAGGGAGAUGCUGGGGAGGAAGGGAGUGGUGGUGUUUCGGCUGAGAGGGCAUUCGCGGACUAUGUCUUCGGGAGUUUGAUUCUGCAUUUCUUUUGUAUUAACUUUAUUAACUAGAAGCUAUCGGGUCUGGUAUGGAGGGAUAUGUUUGAAGGGGUGGUGGUGUGCAGCGGAUAUUAUGGGAAGAGGGUGGAAAGGCAGAACGCUGGAUAUAAAGUGACAGGUGGGAGGAUAAGAUGGAUAGGAUAGGAAGGGUGCAUGCAGGCUGUUUCCCUGGUGGAGUAGCCUAGUCUCUUAUCUGGUUCCUAUCCGGGUUUGAGAAGGUUAAAACAAGUCGAGGAUCUGUUAUUGCGUUAUGUUAGCUAGCUAUUACUAUUUAUACCUGUGUAUCAAUGUAUAUCGAUUCUACUGUUUA